UUGCCAAUGUGUAGCUAAAGCGAUAGAUUACUGCAAAAUCACAGACGUGCUUCUAUAUAUAGUCUUUAUAUAUUAUAUAUUUAUGUUGUUAUCAAACUGUAAUUAAUGGGGAAAGGGUUUACUUCCUUUUUGCUUUUGUUAAGAUCCUAAAAGAUGUUCCGUUACAGCUUGUUGCCCCGAGGAUGAAGUUCGCUGACACCAGGGAAGACGUUUCUCGCAGCAGUAACUAUGAAACGUUAAGUCCUUUUUCCAGUUAACAAAAUUUUUAAGGCAGAAACUUACAUACUAAAAGGGUCUCAUUGUCUUCCGCCAGCGUCGGAAGAGUUUGUGAAAAGCAAACAACGUAGCGUGCUGAGUUCAAGGUCCAGCCCAGAGUAAAGGAAAACACGCAUGGUGUAUAACAUUUAAUCAGAUAGUCAACAAAAUGUCUGAAACUCCUGACAGCCGUACAAGAACGCUAAACUUCAAUGUUGGGGUGCUCGGACAUGUCGACAGUGGGAAGACUACGCUCGCAAGAGCGCUGAGCAGCACAGCCUCCACGGCUGCUUUCGACAAAAACCCACAAUCCCGUGAGAGAGGAAUCACGUUAGAUCUCGGCUUUUCUUCCUUCACGGUGGAUCUUCCCGAUCAUCUGCGGGCCAGUGGAGAUCAACAGCCAUAUGACAGCCUUCAGUUCACCCUGGUGGAUUGUCCGGGGCACGCCUCUCUGAUUAGGACUAUAAUUGGAGGUGCUCAAAUCAUUGAUCUGAUGAUACUGGUUGUGGAUGUGGUAAAAGGUGUACAGACUCAGACUGCAGAGUGUCUGCUGAUAGGAGAGGUGACCUGUCCUCGCAUGGUUGUUGUCCUGAAUAAAAUCGACCUACUGCCACCCAACAAGAGACAAAGUGCCAUUGAGAAAAUGACCAAGAGACUGCACAAAACGCUGGAGAGCACCAGAUUUAAGGAAUGUCCAGUGAUUGCUGUGGCAGCGAAGCCUGGGGGCCCGGAGGCCCCCGACACAGAGGAGCCACAGGGAGUGCCACAGUUAAUUGAGCUUUUAAAGAAACAGACAUACCUACCAAAGAGAGACCCUGGAGGUGACCUCCUAAUGGCUGUGGAUCACUGCUUUUCCAUCCGUGGCCAGGGAACAGUCAUGACUGGAACCAUCCUGCAGGGGUCACUGGCCAUUAACGAUACUGUGGAAAUCCCAGUGCUAAAGGUGACCAAGAAAAUAAAGUCGGUGCAGAUGUUUCGGAAGCCAGUGUCUGGGGCCAUGCAGGGGGAUCGUGUGGGUGUGUGUGUCACGCAGUUCGACCCCAAACUGUUGGAGCGCGGUGUGGUGUGCACUCCAGGAUCCCUGCGCACCCUGUUUGCAGCUCUCAUCUCUGUGAGGAAAAUAGGCUACUUCAAGGGCUCUCUUGCCACUCGUGCUAAGUUCCACAUCACAGUGGGUCAUGAGACAGUCAUGGCGAAGGUGACCUUCUUUGGCCUGCCCUCAUCUGACACCAAACCAACUCCAACGGAGCCUUCUUCACUAGAAACACCCUUCACCUUAGAUAGAGAGUAUUUCUACCAGGAUGAGUAUAUUGCUGGCCAGAGAGAAGGGAGCUCGGGGCCUGACCCAGAGCAGUGGGCUUUAUUGGAGUUUGAGCGGCCUGUCACGUGCCCUGCAUUCUGUCUGGUAAUUGGUUCUAAGCUGGACACAGACAUCCACACCAACACAUGCCGGCUGGCUUUCCAGGGCCGCCUGCUUCAGGGAUUUGAAGAUAAAAGCUAUGCUGAGACUGCUUUGCCUCGUCUACGCAUCUACAAGACCAAACAAAAGGAGGGACAGGUAGAGCGGGUAACAGACGAUUACACUGUGAUUGGCCGCAGCCUGUUCAAGAAGGAGACCAACCUGCAGCUCUUUGUGGGUUUGAAAGUCACAUUGUCAACAGGCGAGAAUGGUGUUAUUGAGGGUGGGUUUGGACAGAGCGGAAAGUUCAAAAUUCGCAUACAAGAGGGUCUUCACCCAGAGACCAAGCAGUUAUUAUCCUCCACCUCAAAGAAGAAAGGGAAGAGUGGGAGCAAAGGCGGACCAGCAAAUGAAGAGGAGCCAAAAGCAGAUUCCCAACCUGUUAGCAUUCACUUGCAUUUCAAGCGAUAUGUCUUUGAUCCCCAUAAAAAGAUGGUUCAGUCGUGACCUCUGUUGUAAAAUUCUUCGACUAAUACUAUGUUGGCGUGCUGGCUGUUGAGAGAGGGAAGGUUCAGAGGUGGCAAAUGCAAUACUGGCCCUGCUUAUCAUUUAAGUUUCAUUGCCUUUUUUUUUUUUUUUUUCUUGGACAUGGAGACAGUUUAUUUAAAUGCAAUGAUUGUGGAAUGUUGAACCCAUGUGAAACAGUGAUUGUUUUAUCUCCAUUUUAAGGAGCUGAACUUAAUCCCGUUUAUUCCAUCACAAGAGUGAAGCUGCUCUGCUGUGUGCUUUACAUUUAUUCGCUUCAUCUUUCAAAGUCCGAACUUUCCUUCUUUUUUGCUGAUUAAAAAAAACUGAAUAAUAAUAAAAAAAAAAACUUUUCUUUCUCUAGUAUGUAUAUCAAAAUUCUUUCUUUUCUACAUAAUUUAUCUUUGUCUGGUGAUUGAUUUUUUUAAUGAGUUGUUUGCAGGAUUUAAGCUGAUUACUGAUUUUUCCAAAAGAUGAAUAAAUCCAAGUGAAACGUC